UCUGCAAUAUCUCUUUUUGAUCUCAGAUCCGAUUUUUAUCAAAUACCCUUUUCUCUCUCUUUCUGAUAUGGCCACCGAAGAAGCUGUAGCGGUAGUUGAGGCACCUCCGGCCGUCGUGGAAGCUGAGCCGGCGGCGGUUGUUCAACCGGCGGAGAAUGCAGGAAAGGUCAAGACGGUUAAGGAGCCUAAACCUAGGAAGGCCAGAAACCCUCCUACUCAUCCUCCUUAUCUUGAGAUGAUUACCGAAGCGAUUGUAUCGCUUAAGGAGAAGAAUGGAUCGAGUCAGUACGCGAUCACGAAGUUCAUUGAGGAGAAGCAGAAACAGCUUCCUCCUAAUUUCAAGAAAUUGUUGUUGGUUCAGCUGAAGAAACUUGUUUCGACUUCCAAAUUGGUGAAAGUGAAAGCUUCUUUCAAGCUUCCUGCUCAGUCGAAGGUGGCGAAGUCUGCCGCCGCUGCUCCUGCCAAGAAGAAACCGGCACCGGCACCGGCGAAGGCUAAGAAGACUGUGAAACCGGCUGAGAAGAAGAAGGCGCCAGCCAAGCCUAAGGCCGCCGCCGCAGCUAAACCUAAGCCAGCAGCAGCUAAACCUAAGCCAGCCGCGAAGGCGAAGACGGCCAAACCUGUUUCAAAAGCGAAGCCAGCUGCUGCUAAACCUAAGGCCAAGGCUAAGGCGAAGCCUGUAGUUGCUGCCAAAGCUGCUAAGCCAGCUGCGAAAGCGAAACCCGCAGCUAAGCCGAAGGCUGCUGCUGCUGCUGUGGCACCCAAGGCAAAGGAAACUGUGAAGCCGAAGGUAGCUGCGAAGCCAGCUAAAGUGGCUAGGACUUCUACAAGGACAUCUCCUGGAAAGAGAGCUGCGGCUCCGAAACCGGCGCCGAAGAAGACUCCGGUGAAGAAGGCGGCGGCUCCGGCUAAGGCGGUGAAGGGGAAGGCGGUGAAGUCGCCGGCGAAGAAAGCAGCGGCAGGUGGUAAGGGGAAGAAGAAAUGAAGAGGAAGCCGCAAAUUGGGGGCUGUUGUCUGCAGGGGUAGUCCUGUAAAUUUGUCGAACUUUGUGGGUCUUUUACCCAUGGAAAAAGGGUUUUUACUAUAUAGUUUGGUUCUGUUAGUAUAGUUUUUUUUAUUUUUAAUUUUUUUUCUUAUCUUUUGGGGUCUCUGUAACUUGGGGGUAUUUUUCAUUUGUCUUUUUGGACCAUUUUAGUGGAGGAGAAGAAUCAGUUCUAGAACUUCAAUCA